AUGGCCAUGUCGUUCUUUUUCAUGAGAUUCAUUCUCAUUUUGCUUUGGGCACCGUCCCUUCUCGCCGCACCCUCCGUCAAGAAACGGUCAUUCAAGGUUGAAAGAGUCAAGAACCCCAACUUCAAACGCUACGAUGGUCCGAGGGAGCUGUUGAAGACGUACCAGAAGUACCGGAUGCCCAUCCCGCAAGACUUGCUAGAUUCCUUUGACGACCAGCCUGAGGAUGGCGCCCCGUCUGAUGACGCUCGCUCAGGGGUGGCCCCCCAGGCAUUCAAGCUCACCCACGUGGAUACCACUACUCGCCCGGUAGCCGCUGUCGGGUCGGUCUCAGCAACCCCUGCCAACGGGGGCAUCGAAUACAUUUCGCCCAUCGAGAUAGGCGGCCAGAUCGUCAACCUGGCACUCGACUCUGGGUCGGCCGACCUUUGGGUCUUCAGCACGCAACUCCCCACAUCCUCCAGGGCCGGGCACCGCACGUACAACCACUUUCUCUCGCCCACAUUCAAGCAGCUCCCCGGAGCCAACUUCUCUAUCCUCUACGGCGACGGUACCAGCGCGUCCGGGAACGUGGGGACCGACAUGGUCGACGUCGGCGGCGCCGUCGUGGCAAACCAGGCCGUCCAGAUGGCUACCGCCGUGUCGCCCGAGUUCGUCGCGGACACCAACGUCGACGGGCUCCUGGGCCUCGCCUUUUCCCAACUCAGCACGGUCAAGCCGACCAAGCAAAGCACCUUCUUCGAGAACGUCAUGCCUUCCCUUGCCCAGCCGCUCUUCACCGUCGACCUGCGCAAGGACACCACCGGCGCCUACGAGUUUGGCCGCAUUGAUGCUUCCAAGUUUGCGAGGGCGCUGUCAUGGAUCCCGGCCGACACAAAGAGGGGGUUCUGGCAGGUUUCGUCGACGGGCUUUGGGGUCGGCAGCACCUGGACACAAAUGCCGGGUUCCAAGACGACGGUAGGCUAG